AUGGAUCAUUCAGAGAAUGAUAAGCAUCCUUUGAUCAUUCCAGCUGGUAGUCACAUCGCCACAUUACUGGUUAGAUGGGUCCAUGAACAAGUGGCUCAUCAAGGACGACACAUUACUGAAGGAGCUGUCCGUGGUGCUGGAUAUUGGAUAGUCGGAGGUAAGCGCCUCGUAGCCGCAGUCAUUCAUAAGUGCGUCACCUGCAGAAAACUGAGAGGCAAGAUGGAGGCGCAGAAAAUGUCUGACCUGCCUACUGACCGGGUCACUCCAGAACCCCCUUUUACCUCUGUUGGCAUGGAUGUUUUUGGGCCAUGGACAGUUGUUACGCGGCGCACGAGAGGUGGCUGUGCUCAGAGUAAACGGUGGGCUGUACUCUUCACGUGUAUGUCAACUAGGGCUGUGCAUAUUGAACUGAUCGAAGCAAUGUCGACAGACAGUUUUAUAAACGCACUAAGGAGGUUCUUUUCUGUUCGGGGACCAGCUAAGCUCCUGCGUUCAGACAGGGGUACCAAUUUUGUGGGAGCCUGCAAGGAACUGAGCUUAGAUACCGCCAACACAGCGUUAACAACGUACCUUCAUGAGAAAGGAUGUUCUUGGGUGUUCAACCCCCCUCACGCAUCUCAUGUGGGAGGGUCAUGGGAACGCCUUAUUGGUGUAGCCAGACGCAUUCUGGACGCAAUGCUGUUACAAAAUGGAUCAUCACGCAUCACUCACGAGGUUUUAAGCACCUUUAUGGCAGAAGUUAUGGCGAUUAUUAAUGCCAGGCCUCUUGUCUCCAUAUCUACUGACCCGGACUGUCCUGGCAUACUCACCCCAGCUGUGUUGCUCACUCAGAAAAUGAGCGCAGUCUCAGCACCCUCUGGGAACUUUUCUUCAGGACAGUUGUUCAAAAAACAGUGGAAACAGGUUCAGAACCUGGCAGACACAUUUUGGAAAAGGUGGAAGAGAGAAUAUUUGUCUGCCUUACAAAGCCGCACAAAAUGGACUGAAAGCAGGGCCAACAUCAAAGAGGGAGAUGUGGUUCUGUUAAAGGAUGUUCAAGCCAACAGGAAUGAAUGGCCUAUAGGACUAGUUGUAAAGGUCAUUCCAAGCAAUGACAAGAGGGUCCGCAAGGUGGAAGUACGGACUGUGAAAAAAGGUACUGCUACGGUGUACCUAAGACCAGUCACAGACAUUAUAGUUCUUGUUUCAGAGACUGAGUAAACCUUAAUGUUAAUUCA